AGAAGAGGAGGCUCAGGGGAGACCUCCUGACUCUCUGCAAGUCCCUGCCAGGAGGUUGGAGCCAGGUGGGGGUGGGGCUGUUCUGCCAGGAAGCAGCAGUAGGACAAGAGGGCUGGGUCUGGAGCUGUGCCAGGGGAGGUUUAGGUUGGAUAUUAGGAAGCAAUUUUUUGCUGAGAGAGUAAUGAGGCCUUGGAAUGGGCUGGGCAGGGAGGGGGUGGAGUCCCCGUCCCUGGAGGUGUUGAAGGUGAGAGUGGAUGUGGCCUCAGUGCCAUGGUCUGGGAAGCACGGUGGGGUUGGAUCCAGGGUUGGACUUGAUGAUCUCAGAGGUCUUUUCCAACGUGGCUGAUUCUGUGAUUCUCUGAUUGCCAUUCCUGUGGCAGCACAUGCUUGAGGCUCCAUCCCCAGGGUGAUAGAGAUGUCUGUCCAUAUCUAUCUGCAAGGUUCCUGUCCUUGAGCCCAGGCCCUGAGGUGAGGCUGAGAAGUGGCCCGGAGGUGAGCCCAGAGCUGUCCCUGAGGAUUUCUCCUUCCCAAAGCUUGGCCAGAUGAAGGGGGCUGCGAGGAAGAGGAAGAUGCCUUGGGCCCCCCAGGCAGGCCCCGAGCUGAGGACGGAGAGCCCGGAGGACAAAUCCCCCCGGCAGAGCCUGGUGGGAGAGGCCGUUUUGAAGGGCUCCCCGGCGCAGGAAGGCAGCGGGGAGGAAAAGGGCCGGAGAUCCCCCCGCAGGAGGGGCUCCAAAGCCAUCCCAGGGUGCUCUGAGGAGGAAAGAGCCAGCCUGUGCCGGGAAGGCGGCCGGAGCUUGAGGGGGAGCUCUGAGCUGGUGGUCCCUGAGCAGCCUCUCAGCAGGGAGAAGCCCUUCAGGUGCUUGGAAUGUGGGAAGAGCUUCAGACAGAGUGCCCACCUCCUCACCCACCAGCACAUCCACACGGGGGAAUGUCCCUACACGUGUGGGGAAUGUGGGAAGAGCUUCAGGAACAGCAGCCACCUCUGCACCCACCAGCGCAUCCACACUGGGGAACUGCCCUACACGUGUGGAGAAUGUGGGAAGAGCUUCAAUUACAACUCCAGCCUCCUCGCCCACCAUCGCAUCCACACUGGGGAACGGCCCUACACGUGUGGGGAGUGUGGGAAGAGCUUCAGCCUGAGCUCCAACCUCCUCACCCACCAGCACAUCCACACUGGGGAACGGCCCUACACGUGUGGGGAAUGUGGGAAGAGCUUCAGUGACAACUCCAACCUCCUCGCCCACUGUCGCAUCCACACUGGGGAACGGCCCUACACCUGUGGGGAAUGUGGGAAGAGCUUCCGACAGAGCUCCCACCUCUGUAAACACCAGCGCAUCCACGGUGAACAGCCUUUCACAUGUAGGGAAUGUGGGAAGAGCUUCAGUGACAGCUCCACCCUCCGCACCCACCAGCGCAUCCAUACUUGGGAACGUCCCUACAAGUGCUUGGAAUGUGGGAAGGGGUUUCAGACCAGUUCAGAUCUCCUCAGGCAUCAGCGGGCACACACGGGGGAGAGGCCCUUCCGCUGCAACGACUGCGGUAAGAGCUUCAACCGGAACUCUCAGCUUGUCAUCCACCAGCGCAUCCACACCGGAGAGAGGCCCUACAAGUGUGGGGAGUGUGGGAAGAGCUUCACUGACAGCUCUGCCUUCAAAAAACACCAACGGACCCACCGGUAAGGGAAGCCCUCUGAA